UUUUUUUUUUUUUUUUUCCCUCGUAUACCACUUUUGAAACAUCCCUCUUCCUCUUCUUCCCCUCCACAACAUCAUUACUGAAUCUCAUGUCAGUCUAUUGAUUGCCGGAAUAAAUACUUUUUAUUUUAAUAAUAGGUAUGAUCUUAACUGGAACUGUCUUUUCCUUGCGGGUCCCCCCAUUCCAUACGUGUAUAUAUAUCAACCCUGGGAGAGCAGAUACCCAUUCUAUCAUACCCUCUUUUCUCUUCUUUCUUUUCUUUCUUUCCUUUUCUUUUCCUACCUACUAAUAUAUAUAUCCUCUUAGAAUCCCUUAGCAAUCUCUCUCUCUCUCUCUCUCUCUCCCUCUCCCUCCUCCGAUUGCAAUUCCUAUAACCGUCCUCGGGAAGGAAAAAGAAAAAGAAAAAUUUUUUUUUUUUAUAGAAAUAGACUACGAGACUACGAGAAGAUGUACGGAACUUCAACAGGCCCUCAGACGGGCAUUAAUACCCCUCGCUCAUCGCAGUCCUUGAGACCUCUUAUCCUGACUCACGGCUCCCUCGAAUUCUCUUUCCUGGUGCCUACUUCCUUUCACUUUCACGCCUCACAAUUGAAAGACACCUUCACAACCUCUCUCCCCCAACCCACAGAUGAACUUGCUCAGGAUGAUGAGCCUUCCUCAGUAGCCGAGCUCGUCGCUCGCUAUAUCUCCCAUGUCGCUCAUGAGGUGGAGGAGGGCGAGGACGACGCACAUGGAACCAACUUGGAGGUUUUGAAGCUGGCCCUCAACGAGUUUGAACGCGCCUUUCUGCGCGGAAAUGAUGUACACGCCGUCGCUGCCACCCUUCCCGGCAUUACGGCCAAGAAGGACCUGGUGGUUGGGGCCUACUAUGCCGGAAGAGCUGCUGCUGGUCGACCCACCAAGCCCUAUGAGUCCGCCCUCUUCAGGGCCGCCGCCGAUGAGAAAGCCAAAAUCUACUCGGUCUUUGGCGGCCAGGGAAACAUUGAGGAGUACUUUGACGAACUGAGAGAAGUCUACAAUACCUACCCAUCCUUUGUGGAUGAUCUGAUCUCCUCCUCCGCAGAGUUGUUGCAAUCCCUUUCCCAUGAGCCCGAGGCCAUCAAACUCUACCCCAAGGGACUGAAUGUGAUGCAAUGGCUGCAGGACCCCGACACUCAGCCUGACACCGAUUAUCUCGUAUCGGCCCCCGUCAGUCUGCCGUUGAUCGGUUUGGUGCAGCUGGCCCACUUCGUGGUGACCUGCAAAGUAUUGGGGAAAACCCCGGGUGAGCUCCUGGAGCGCUUCAGCGGAACCACGGGUCACUCCCAGGGCAUCGUUACCGCCGCGGCUAUCGCCUCCGCAACCACUUGGGAAAGCUUCAAGCAGGCUGCCGCCAAUGCCUUGACCAUGCUCUUCUGGAUCGGGUUGCGCAGCCAGCAGGCCUACCCUCGCACCUCGAUUGCGCCCUCCGUCCUGCAGGACUCCAUCGAGAACGGUGAAGGAACCCCCACGCCCAUGUUGUCCAUCCGCGACCUCCCCAAGUCUGCCGUCCAGGAGCACAUCGACAUGACCAACCAGCAUCUGCCCGAGGAUCGUCAUAUCUCCAUCUCCCUCGUGAACAGUGCCCGGAAUUUCGUCGUCACCGGUCCCCCGAUCUCCCUUUACGGUCUGAAUCUCCGCCUGCGUAAGGUCAAGGCCCCCACGGGCCUGGAUCAGAACCGUGUGCCGUUUACCCAGCGCAAGGUGCGGUUCGUGAACCGGUUCUUGCCCAUCACCGCGCCGUUCCAUAGCCAGUACUUGUACUCGGCCUAUGACCGGAUUAUGGAGGAUCUGGAGGAUGUCGAAAUCUCCUCCAAGUCCCUCGUCAUCCCCGUGUACGGCACCAAGUCCGGCAAUGACCUCAGGGAAACGGGCGACGAAAACAUUGUUCCGGCCCUGGUUCGCAUGAUCACGCAUGACCCCGUGAACUGGGAACAAGCCACCGUUUUCCCCGGAGCGACCCAUAUCCUGGAUUUUGGCCCCGGUGGCAUCUCCGGCCUUGGAGUCCUGACCAACCGCAACAAGGACGGCACGGGUGUCCGUGUCAUCCUCGCGGGCGCUAUGGACGGCACCAACGCAGAGGUCGGAUACAAGCCGGAGCUGUUUGAUCGUGACGAGCACUCCGUCAACUACGCCAUCGACUGGGUGAAGGAAUACGGACCACGUCUAGUGAAGAACGCUACCGGCGAGACCUUUGUGGAUACCAAAAUGAGCCGCCUGUUAGGAAUUGCCCCGGUCAUGGUUGCUGGAAUGACCCCAACCACCGUCCCCUGGGACUUUAUCGCCGCCACCAUGAAUGCCGGCUACCAUAUUGAACUGGCGGGUGGUGGUUAUUACAACGCCAAGACCAUGACGGAGGCGAUCACCAAGAUCGAAAAGGCUAUUCCGCCAGGCCGGGGAAUUACGAUCAACCUGAUUUACGUCAACCCCCGCGCGAUGGGCUGGCAGAUCCCCCUCAUUGGCAAGCUCAGGGCCGACGGUGUCCCAAUUGAAGGUCUCACCAUUGGUGCGGGAGUGCCAUCGAUCGAGGUGGCCAAUGAGUAUAUUGAGACACUCGGGAUCAAACAUAUCGCCUUCAAGCCCGGCUCGGUGGAUGCUAUUCAGCAGGUCAUCAACAUUGCCAAGGCUAACCCUACCUUCCCCAUCCUGCUCCAGUGGACCGGUGGCCGCGGCGGUGGACACCAUUCGUUUGAAGACUUCCACCAGCCCAUUUUGCAGAUGUACAGCCGUAUCAGGCGCUGCGACAACAUUGUUCUGGUGGCCGGCAGCGGCUUUGGUGGCUCGGACGAUACCUACCCUUACCUUUCUGGACACUGGUCAUCCCGAUUCGGCUACCCACCAAUGCCUUUCGAUGGAUGCAUGUUCGGAAGUCGCAUCAUGAUCGCCAAGGAAGCCCAUACAUCUAAGAACGCUAAGCAGGCCAUUGCUGACGCCCCCGGCCUUGAUGACAAGGACUGGGAGAAGACCUACAAGGGCGCGGCGGGCGGCGUCGUCACCGUCAUGUCGGAGAUGGGAGAGCCCAUUCACAAGUUGGCCACCCGAGGUGUUUUGUUCUGGCAUGAGAUGGAUCAAAAGAUUUUCAAGCUCGACCGGGCCAAACGUGUGCCGGAGCUCAAGAAGCAGAGAAACUACAUCAUCCAGAAACUGAACGAUGACUUCCAGAAGGUUUGGUUCGGCCGCAACGCCGCCGGAGAAACGGUUGAUCUCGAGGAUAUGACCUACGCCGAGGUUGUCCAUCGCAUGGUAGACUUGAUGUAUGUCAAGCAUGAGACCCGAUGGAUUGAUGAGUCCCUGAAGAAGUUGACCGGCGAUUUCAUCCGCCGCGUCGAGGAACGCUUCACCACGCGCGAAGGACAAGCAUCCUUGCUUCAGAACUACUCCGAGCUCAACACGCCAUACCCAGCCGUGGAUACUAUCCUCGCCGCCUAUCCCGAAGCCGCCACUCAGUUGAUCAAUGCUCAGGACGUCCAACACUUCCUGCUACUCUGCCAGCGACGGGGACAGAAGCCCGUCCCCUUCGUUCCUUCCUUGGAUGAAAACUUCGAAUACUGGUUCAAGAAGGAUUCUCUGUGGCAAAGUGAGGAUCUGGAAGCGGUUGUGGGCCAAGAUGUUGGAAGGACCUGUAUCUUGCACGGCCCCAUGGCGGCCAAAUUCUCCAACGUUAUUGACGAGCCGGUUGGCGAUAUCCUGAGUGGUAUUCAGCAGGGUCACAUUCAGAGCCUGAUCAAGGAUGUGUACAACGGCGACGAGGCGAAGAUCCCCGUCAUCGAAUACUUUGGCGGGCGUCUCGGUGAACCGGACAGCGAGCUCGAAAUUGAUGGUCUCACGAUUUCUCAGGAUGCGACCAAGAUCAGCUACCGGCUGUCGUCAUCGCCGUCGACCGACUUGCCUGACAUCACUCGCUGGUCUCGCCUGCUCGCUGGUCCAUCGUGCUCCUGGCGGCACGCCUUCUUCCUGGCCGAUGUCUUUGUUCAAGGCCAUCGCUUCCAGACCAAUCCAAUGAAGCGGAUCGUGGCGCCAACCCCGGGAAUGUAUGUGGAGGUGGUGAACCCCGAGGAUCCGUCCAAGACCGUCAUCAGCGUCAGAGAGCCUUAUCAGUCCGGCAAGCUUGUUAGGACCGUUGAGGUCAAGUUGAACGAGAAGAACCAGAUCAGCCUGACCAUGUUUGAGGGGAGAACUGCCGAGGCCGCUGUGGUGCCUCUCACUUUCCUCUUCACGUACCAUCCAGAGGCUGGAUACGCCCCAAUCAGAGAGGUUAUGGACAGCCGCAACGAUCGUAUCAAGGAGUUCUACUAUCGGGUCUGGUUUGGCAACAAGGAUGUUCCGUUUGACACCCCCACCACCGCCACUUUCAGCGGUGGUCGCGAAACUAUUACGUCUCAGGCGGUCGCUGACUUUGUUCAUGCGGUGGGCAACACGGGCGAAGCUUUCGUCGACCGUCCUGGCAAAGAAGUUUUUGCCCCCAUGGAUUUCGCCAUUGUCGCCGGGUGGAAAGCCAUUAUCAAGCCAAUUUUCCCCCGCACCAUUGAUGGUGACUUGCUGAAGCUGGUCCAUCUGUCGAACGCCUUUAAGAUGGUGCCCGGUGCUCAGCCCCUCCAGGUUGGUGAUGUUCUGGACACUACGGCUCAGAUUAAUUCGAUCAUCAACGAAGAUUCCGGAAAAAUCGUCGAGGUGUGCGGCACGAUCGAACGGGAGGGCAAGCCUAUCAUGCAUGUGACCAGCCAGUUCUUGUACCGGGGCGCGUACACCGACUUUGAGAACACCUUCCAGCGCAAGGAUGAGGUUCCGAUGCAAGUCCAUCUUGCAUCGAGCCGAGAUGUGGCGAUCCUUCGCUCCAAGGAGUGGUUCCGCUUUGAUCGAGAUGAUGUUGAGCUACUGGGCCAAACCUUGACCUUCCGUCUCCAGAGUCUCAAUCGAUUCAAGAAUAAGUCCGUGUUCAGCCAAGUUCAAACCAUUGGUCAGGUGCUUCUCGAGCUCCCCACCAAGGAAAUUAUCCAGGUGGCGUCGGUGGACUACGAAGCCGGCACCUCCCACGGCAACCCCGUAAUUGACUAUCUGCAACGGAAUGGAACCUCCAUCGAGCAGCCUGUCUAUUUCGAGAACCCCAUUCCUCUCAGCGGCAAGACCCCACUGACUCUCCGUGCCCCUGCUUCCAACGAGACUUACGCCCGCGUUUCCGGCGAUUACAACCCGAUUCACGUUUCGCGAGUCUUCUCCAGCUAUGCAAACCUGCCCGGGACUAUCACUCACGGCAUGUACACCAGUGCGGCCGUUCGCAGUUUGGUGGAAACCUGGGCGGCGGAGAACAACAUUGGCCGCGUUCGUGGCUUCCACGUGUCUCUUGUCGACAUGGUUUUGCCGAACGACAUGAUUACUGUCAAGCUUCAACAUGUUGGUAUGAUUGCUGGUCGUAAGAUCAUCAAGGUCGAAGCCAGCAACAGGGAAACCGAGGACAAGGUCCUUCUCGGUGAAGCAGAGGUCGAGCAGCCCGUCACUUCCUACGUUUUCACUGGCCAGGGCUCCCAGGAGCAGGGUAUGGGCAUGGAGCUUUAUGCCAAUAGCCCCGUCGCUCGGGAGGUUUGGGAUCGUGCAGAUCGUCACUUCAUUGAGAACUACGGCCUUUCCAUCAUUGACAUUGUCAAGAACAACCCGAAGGAACUCACUGUUUACUUUGGUGGACCUCGUGGCAAGGCUAUUCGUCAAAACUACAUGUCGAUGACCUUCGAAUCUGUCAACGCAGAUGGAUCCAUCAAGUCUGAGAAGAUCUUCAAGGAGGUUGAUGAGAACACAACCUCUUACACCUACCGCUCGCCCACGGGUCUUCUUUCCGCCACCCAGUUCACCCAACCUGCCCUCACUUUGAUGGAGAAGGCAAGCUUUGAAGACAUGCGUUCCAAGGGUCUUGUCCAGAGAGACAGCAGCUUCGCCGGUCACUCGCUAGGUGAAUACUCUGCGCUGGCUGCCUUGGCCGAUGUCAUGCCUAUUGAGAGCUUGGUGUCCGUGGUCUUCUAUCGUGGUCUGACAAUGCAAGUGGCUGUGGAGCGUGACGAGCAGGGCCGCUCCAACUACUCCAUGUGUGCCGUCAACCCAAGCCGAAUCUCCAAGACUUUCAACGAACAAGCCUUGCAAUAUGUUGUCGAGAAUAUCACCGAGCAGACCGGCUGGCUUUUGGAGAUUGUCAACUACAAUGUUGCAAACAUGCAAUACGUUGCUGCUGGUGAUCUUCGUGCACUUGACUGCCUUACCAACUUGCUCAACUUCCUUAAAGCCCAGAACAUCGAUAUUCCUGCUCUCAUGCAGAGCAUGUCUCUGGAGGACCUCAAGGCUCACCUGGUCAACAUCAUUCACGAGUGCGUGAAGCAAACCGAAGCUAAGCCCAAGCCCAUUAACCUUGAGCGUGGAUUUGCUACGAUUCCCCUCAAGGGAAUCGAUGUGCCCUUCCACAGCACUUUCCUCCGCUCCGGCGUGAAGCCGUUCCGUUCUUUCUUGCUGAAGAAGAUCAAUAAAACCACCAUUGAUCCCAGCAAGCUGGUCGGCAAGUACAUUCCUAAUGUCACUGCCCGUCCAUUCGAGAUCACCAAGGAAUACUUUGAGGACGUCUAUCGACUCACAAAUUCCCCCAGAAUCGCCCAUAUUCUGGCAAACUGGGAGAAAUAUGAAGAGGGAAAUGAAACUGCUUCGCGUGCGCCUGGUACUUCUACUACAGCUUAAGAUUCUAGAGCUCGAUUUAUUUUCAUGGCCACUGCUUCCUGUUCCUCUUUUUUUUGUUUUUGUAUCAUUUUCAUGACUUAUCUUAGCGCUGGAUAUCGUGCUACUGCUAUUAUUGUAUUCGUUUUCGUCAUCAUCAUAAACACAAGCACAGGAUCUUGCUAGAACUUUAUU